AUGGGUCUCUUCAAGAAGUUCAGAUCUGACGAGAAGCGCUCGACCUUGAAGACAGUGCCUCCUUCUUCGUCCACUUUGAGUGUUCCGGCCAAAUCGUCCUCAAACUCAGAGUCCUCUGGUGAAACGUCUGAGUUCUCCCUGGCCACAUCCCAGCUGUCUCAUUCGUCUCAGGACACCAAUAAACGACACCUGGAUCUCAUACCGAGGAAACCUCCACCGGCAGCCACCGCUGCUGCUGUUUCCCAAUUGCACAGACACCUGCUUCAACCUCGGAUUAGUCCGGGAUCAGCCAUUGGCCCUACUUCUGGCACAGGCCAAUUGGCCCGAGGCAGAGCCCUGAUGCCACCUCAGCAGAGCGCUACCGUUCCCAAUAGCCCAGCUCACACUGCCUUUGGCGGUGCUGGAGCUGGUUCUGCUGGCACUCGCAGAGUGUCUCACCUGGCAUCCACGUCAAUGCUGUCGACGGUGCCCAUGCCGUUCUACCCAACGACACAGCCCGAUGACUCGUUCACAUCAGCGUCAACCUCAGCAGAAACUCUGGCUGAUCUGGCGCUGGACGAAGAUGAGGCAAAGCAGCAUCCAUACUACGACCAGUGGAAACAGUACUACGCGGCAAUGGCCGGGUACAAGGGCCCACGCCAGCAGCAGUACGCCUACCAGUAUCCACCGCAGCAGUACCAGCCUCCCAGAACGGCUUCAUCUUCGAGAAGAGCGUCUUUCGCAGGCGUCAGCACGGGUCCUUACCAGCAGGGCCAGAAUGGUUCCCUCUCGUCACUUUCCCAUAAUAAUCUCAACGGCCUUGCCAACGGUGCCAAUGGCGCCAACGGUGCCAGUGGUCUCCACGGCCUCAACGGCUCUGCUAACCAGAGCACCUGUAGCAUUCCAGCAAACUCAUACAUGCAUUAUUACCAGGCCCACGAGGCUCGGGGCGUGGAGAACAGCGGCCUUGUCCGCAACUCUCGCAUGUCCACUUUGAAGCUGAACAGGUCUUCUUCCGCCCCCUCACUCGCUAAUGCACAAGAUCCGAGAAACGUCAAGAACAGGGCCAUUUCCGUGAACGUUACAACGCCUGGCCUGGCACUUCGUCCUCCAGAUGCUCUCGAGGAAGAUGAUGCUCUCGAGGAGAACAGUGCUCCUUUGGAUGGCGAUUCGGCCGUUCCUUCGGCUUUGGCUGAACCCUCUACGAAAACUGUGUCUUUUGGGUUGGCGGCCAUGGCCAACCAGGAAGGUGAAGUUGGUGAUUUUGAACCUGUCAAGCCACCUGGGCUCAAUUCUCGCACCCACACAUCCUCAACCUUGGAGUCUGCUGUUUCCACUCUGACCAACGAGCAGGGAGAAACCCCUGGUCCACUUGUUAGAGAGGAUAGCGCGAUCUCUGAUUAUGGCAAGUACCUUUUCAACAGCACCCUCGACUCCAACGACCAGGAUGACACCGUUGGGGAGCCUAGUGGAGACCAGGAUAUGAAUGUCAUUGAUCCCGGUGUGCAUGCAGCCAUUUUGGCUGCAAACCCAGAGCCCCCAGCAUCGCAUAUCAGUCAUAAUAAGUCUUCCAGCGUCUCAAGAAAUGACUCAUGUACUUCGAAGUCAAGCUACAACUCCUUGCAGAGCGAAUCCAAUUUUAGCGUGGGCCGCAAGCCCUCAAGAAUAGCUACUCAGUCUGAGCAGCAAAGAAAGUUGUCUCGUACCCAGGGAGCAGACCGCCGUUUCCUGAAGCAGAGAGGCUUUAGACCGCCUAUGCCUGGUCCUCCUCCUCCAAUAUUCACUGGUCUGCCUGGAAUGCCUCCUUCGCCUUCUUCCUUGACAUUUGGCUCUCCCAUGAUGCCAUAUGGCGGAAGCACGGAGAAUAUUCCUCCAGAGGGCGCCGCAUUUCAACUUCAACAGAUGCAGCAGCAGAUUCAGCAGCUCCAGCAAAUGCAACAACAGCAGAUGCAAAUGAAUAUUAAUAUGGGCAACCAACGCAACAGCAGAGUGAGUCUCUCACCCCAACCUCAGCCACGCUCCUCUGAUCCAACAAUUAAUGCUAAAAUCGAAGAGUUUAUCCAGCUUCGCCAGACAAUCGCUGCUGGGCAUAAAACCUUCGACUUCAGGUUGAAGUGGGCCAAGAUGUUGAUCACCGCUGUCAAUUACAAGCUUUAUGCUUAUGUGAACAUCAAGGGUGACAAUGUUCCUAGUGAGCAUGCGGCUAUGAACAAACUUACGUUUGUUAAGCUGGCCGUAACGCACUUGCAAAAAAUGUUGAAGGAGCUUGAUGUUGAGAAGCACACCCCUCAAGAUAGAAGAAUAUUUGCUGAAGUAUGUUACAUCCAUGGUUGUUUGCUUAUGCACGACUACGUUCCCAAGUAUGAGCAAGACUUCAAUAUUCAGCAAGACAAGGAUGAGGCUGACCGUUUUUUUAGAAAGUGUUUGGAGCUCAACCCAUUGUUCUUUAGGGCGCAUUACAGGUUGGCCGUCCUUUUCGAAGAGGAUCAGACUGAAGAGAGCUUCGAUACUGCAUUAUAUCACUACACCCAAGCUGCUAAAUUGGGCUACAAUCGUGCAAUUUACCAAGUUGCUUUAAUUUACUUGACUGUACCAAAGUCUCGUCUGUUGAAGUUCUUCAAGUACUUGAAGAGUCUUUCGGAUAUCGAUAUGGACUCCAAAGAUAUCAAGUUGAGUCCGGAGGAUCGUGAAGAGUUGGAGGAAGUUUCGGGAUUGGCGUCAUUCCAGUUGGCUAAGAUUUAUGAGGGGAUCUAUCCUGGUGAUUUGACCCCAGAUGAUGAGUUUGUUCAGUCAUCCUUGGAAGUGGCACCAGUUAAUUAUGCAAAGAGUUUGAGCUACUACAACAGAGCUGCCAGACUCCAUUGUCUUCAGGCUCAGGUCAGAUUGGGCCACAUCUACGAGAAUGGAGACUUGAACAGGAAGUAUAAUCCAAACAAGUCUAUCCAGUGGUUCAUCAAGGCUGCCACCUCCCCGUUGAAGUUCAAGCGUCACCCUGAGGCAAUGCUUGGGUUGAGCAGGUGGUUUUUAAUUGGAACAAAUGGUCUGAGUAAGUACAUCCCCUACCCAGAUCCUCAAGGUUCCUUAAUGUGGGCGGAGAGAGCCUGCAAGGAGUUUAGUUUCCCCGAGGCCUUCUAUGCCAUGGGACAACUUGCUGAACAAGGGCUCGCCCAAGGAGACCCACAAGAAUGGUACAUGGAAGCAUACAAUCUUGGUUUUGCCGAGGCAGCAACAAAAUUGCCAGGCUACCAACCGCCAGAGGUGCAUGACACGGCUGAUGUCGAAGCGCCUCUCGAGGAAGCUACUCAUGAAGAAGCUACAUAUGUUCAAAAUACACAGGGAGUGGAGCCUGUGGCCGACUUUGACGGUACUCAAGAAUUUGUGACUUCUGAGACCCGUGGAGUUUGCUUCGAUGGAGUUGCUGCUACUAAAUGA